ACGAUAGGUAAGAGUUUAAGUUUUCAAAUGUAUUUAUAUUAAGACUUUACUUAGAAAGGAAUUUAACGUCGAAUGCUUGUUUUACAUAAUUUUUUAUGAACUUUAUUAUUUUACAAAUAUACUCAUUUAAGCAUUCUUUUCUCAAAAAUCAAUUGGUUGUAAACAUAUUUUAAAUGAAACAAGAAAACCUAUCUCGGAGAUAAAAGACCGUGAGUAACUACAGUCUUAAUAAAGGUUCGAUGCGCUUUUUAAAAGUAUUUUAGUGGUAAAUAUACAAUCAAUUUACAAUUUUAUACAUCGUGGAAACGGACAAAAUUCAUGGACGACGAAUUAAAUGAGGUUUGUGAUAUAUUGGUGAAAUCACAAAUUCAGUUAGAAGAUUGCAGAUACAUUGCCGAGGAUCAAGAUACGGAAAUUCUUUUUCUUAAAAACGAACUUUGGAAUGCACAAGACGAAAAAAAAAGCCCUAAUAAAACAGCACGAUUCGGAUUUGCGUGCGAAAGAUAAAUGCAUAUCCGAGUUAGAUGAAAAGGUUCUUCAGUUACAACACGAAUUGGAAUCUAAAACUAAUGAAUUACAAAGCAUGCGUAAAGAAAUUAUACAGCUUUCUGCAAACCUCAAAACAAAGGAUACCGCUGACAUCAAAGACAUUUUGGAUUCAUACAAUGAGCUUUAUGAUACACAUCAUUCACAUGCAUUUGAAGAAUUAGACAAAAUAAUCAAGGACGAGAAGGAAAUAGUAAUGAUUCUAAAAAAGAUGCUCUUUGACGCUAUGCAAUAUAUUGAAAAUGAGAAAGAAGGGAAACAGUUCAGAAUAAGACAGCCAACAAAAGAAUCUGCCCUUGAAAAAUACUUAAAAUAUUUGAAGUCGCAAGAUACCAAAAUUGCAACAGGUUACGGUGCUGUCAGAUCUUACAUAAACAAAUGUUUUGACGUGUGUUGGGAAAUAUAUGAGAACAAAGACAAACUGAAAAUUCAAAGCGACAAUACCACAAAUAGAGACAUUUUCUCAACAGAAAUGUACAGAGCCUUUACUAAAACAGGGAAACUCAUUGAUUACUUAGUAUGGCCUGCUUUGUUACGCAUUGAUGGAACAUCCAUCGUACUAAAAGGUGUUGCCCAAUGUCAGUAAAACAGUGAAGUGGAAUAAAUAUACAUAUACAUAUCUGUUUUAUUUCAUCGUUAAUUUCCUUUUCCGACCUUUUGUAUCAAUUUAUAUAUUGAAACUUACAAAUUGAACACUGUGGCAGUGAAAUGUUACAACUAUAAUUGCUUGUGUGUUGAUUGGUUUUAUUAAAUACAUAUUUCUUUAUCAGAAAAGACAACUUGUUAUUUCUUAGUUUGCUACAUUUUACUUGUUAUUUUUCUAAUAUUUCACUUCUCUUUCUUCUUUUUUCAAAUGUUUGCACCAAGACCGCAAAAAUAAUUUAUCGAGUUUUUUUUUCAAUUUUUUAUUGAUGUGAGGUAAUGGAUGUUUGAAAACAUUUUUAAACUGAGUUAUGCAAUAAAUUUAAACAAACACCACCAAAGAUGUUAUUUACUUAUUUGUGUGAUACCAAAAUGUGUGAACGAGCCAGCUGAAACGUGAGAAAUUAACGCAAAUUAACCCCUACCCUCAAACCCGAGCCACUUGUUUCUAUUUUUUUCUAUCACAGUCCAAUGUUUUCGUUUGGUGUUGUCAUAAUGUAAACCACACAACAUCACUCUGCGAACAUGUAAAUGUCACAGAGUGAGAAAAAUGUGCAGCCUGGCCGGGACUCGAACCCAGGACCGACGGAAUACCGUAUCGCGACCCUACCGACUGAGCUAUCCGACCGCUUACACAUCUUCUCCCGUAUAUAGUGAACAGUAUCGUGAUAUACUCCUCUGCUAUAUUGAAAUUCGUCCUCGCAAAGCAAUGUGAAUUAAACUCUGAGCUGUAUUCAGUCACGGCCCCACGUUGGGCUCCAAAUAUCACAGGGUGAGAAAAAUGUGCAGCCUGACCGGGACUCGAACCCGGGACCGUCGAAAUACCGUACAGCGACCCUACCAACCGAGCUAUCCGGCCGCUUUUGUUAUAGAUUUUGUUUAAAAUGCUCAACUAAAGUUAAACUAAUUUUGAUCAUCUAAUCUGAGCAAACAAAACCUUAUAACUAUCAUUGCAACCAUUUUUUUCAAAGCGGUCAUUGACUUUCUUUAGUAUCCGUUGUAUCUACGGCAACAAUUGACAUCACUUACCAAGCUGUCAUUUCGAUGACAACCGUUGAAUUACUAUAUAACGAUGACUUCAAAAGCAACCAUUUAGUUUCAGUAGCAGCCAGUGAUUAACAAAGCAGGAAUUGCAAUAGCAAACACUCACUAUUCAUAGUAACUAGUGAAUUUAAUAUUAACCAUUGACCUUUGAAUCAAUAGCAACUUUAAGCUUUCUUUAACAGCCAAUGACUAUUUAAAGCAACCAAUGAUUUCCUUCUUUUCAUUUAUAUCAAUAUUCCUUUUAACUUGUUAUUAAGCGCUUCGUUAUUGCUGUCAAUGAAUCAAUGGUAAAAAUUGUUUUCUUAAAUUAACAGCUGAAAAUCUGUUGUGAAAAAUACUAAUCCUUAAUUCCAAUGGCUUUGCGUAAUGAACCAGACAGUAUAUACAGUAUAUUAAGGAUUAAGCCUCCCAGGCACUAGGGUUACCUUUAGUUCAUGUAUUUAAUACCGCAACCUCUAAAGACUGCCCCAUAUUUCAUCAGGCCAAAAAUUAACAGCAAAUAAUUGUUCACAGAAACUAUAAAAAAGAUAGAUUAUAUUAACUUAUGACUCAAAAUAUUUAUGUGAGCAUAUGAAAUGUUUAAAAGUGUCUCCAAAGUAGCCAAUUUGUUUACCUUAAUCAAAGAGAGAUAAUU